AGUCACACUUCCUCCGUUUAAAAGGUUCACGCACACACUUGUCACAUCAAAGUGUCGCUGUCUCACCCUGUAAUGACACUGACAGAAAGAAAGGACCAAUGCGCAGGCGGAUCGAUAUGAUCGCGGUUAUCUUCCUCCUGUGUGCUGUUGAGCUUCACUGCUCGGAUGGCAUCGCAGCGCAGAAUACGACUUGUGAGUCCUACCUUGAGGGGACAUAUUUUGUGCCAGUUGCCUCUCCCAAUGCGACUCCUUCUGUGAUCGCAGAAGGAUGUUUUGGUAAGACACUCAACAUCUCUCUGGAGCACUUCUCUGAAUUCCCCGUUUGUCAAUGGAUCAGAGGAGCAGACACAAUACUUACCGUAAACGGGAGUAGCUCCAUGGUCCUACCGGCGCUUUCUGAAAAAGAUUCAGGGGAGUUUAAGCUGAGCUGUGAAAGUAACGAAGGGACCGGGACGUCUCUGACUGUGUCUCUGCGUGUAAACAGACGUCCCACAAAACCAAAGCUGACGCUGUCCGAAGUGGAAGAUUACGGGUAUUCCCCUCUUUUUAGAUGCAGCUCUGAAGGCUUCCCAAAGCCCACGCUCCAGUGGUUCCCAACCCCAACCCCAACAAAACCAACGGAAGAUACAAGAGAUUCAAUGGCAAUUAGCCAAAUAUCCAGUAUGUAUUUUAUGAGUGAAGCGAAGUGCUGUGCUAACAACGCUGAAGGACAAGAGUGCUCUCAACUCUAUGACUACGACCUAGACUCUAAUAAGGUCUCUACUGCCAUCCUGAGCCCGGGUCAGUCUCUACUCCUACGCUGCCGUAGUAGUAAAAGACAACCUGUUUGGGAGAACAGCUCAAAAAUGGGCACCAAAAUAUCAGCGUGCUCUUCUAAAGUCCAAGAGAUUUGCAUCAAGUUGGAUCGCCAUAAUGGCAAUCGUAUGUCCUACCUGUUGAUCGAGUCAGUUAACAUGGACCACAGUGGGACAUACACCUGCAGUACUGAUGACAACAAAACAAACUCUAUGGAGAUCCGUGUCCAAGCCAAUGGUUUGGUCUCUGUCCAGCUGGAUGAGAGACGGAUCAUACCGCCUGAGAGAGCGUCCUCCUCCUGUUUGCAGGCCACUGUUUCCUACCACCAUGUUCUCCAGCAAUGUUCCUGGGAAGAUCCUGAUGGAAACGUGACUAAAUGCCAGAGGGACACAGGGGUAACACACCACAGCAUCGUGAAGCUAUGUGAUGUACGCAAGUCAGGAAACUAUACAUUACACUUGGAGGCUGGCGGACAAAAAGAAACAAAGACCAUAUCAGUGUGUGUUGUAGAGACACCAAAGCUUAAAUUCAAGCUUGGCAGUGAUAAUGUGUACACCAUUGAGACCGCCACUCUUGUUCCAGCAAAUUACACCUUGAUGUGGUGUCCCCCUUCUAACGACAGCAGCUGUGAAACGGACUCUUCCUGGACGGAGAUUGAAAAUGACUCUCUGUCUGAUGUCGCCUGUACCGCGACAAUCAAGCGCUCGCUCAGCAGACCUUUGGUGGGCAGGAAUCAUUUAAAGUUUUGCGUGACAAACUCUGUUGGAUCCUGGUGCAACACCCAAUACUCAUUAUACCACCCAGAUCAACCCAAGGCCUCCACAGGUUCUGCAAACACUGAUGACGGCAGCUUCACGGUGCUGAAAGUAGGCAGUUUUAUUCUGCUCCUGGCUUUAGCAGUGGUUAGCAUGGUUCUCGCGUACUUUGUGAAAAAAAAGAAACCCCGGUACCAGCCCCAGCUCCAGAUAAUGCAGAUGGUUGGACCCAAUGACAACGAUUACAUCUACAUAAACUUCAAGGAGUUUGGAUACGACCUGAAGUGGGAGUUUCCCAGGGAAAAUCUGGAACUGGGUCAGGAACUGGGCUCCGGGGCUUUCGGCACGGUGGUCCAGGCUACAGCUUACGGCAUCAACAAGCCUGGAGUCUCCCAGCAGGUGGCCGUCAAGAUGCUUAAAGAGAAACACCAGGCGCUGGAGAAGGAGGCGCUGAUGUCAGAGCUGAAGAUGCUGACUCACAUCGGUCACCAUGCCAACAUCGUUAACCUGCUCGGCGCAUGCACAGACUCCGGACCCACGUACCUGAUUUUUCAGUACUGCUGUCACGGAGAUCUACUGAACUACCUGAAGACCAACAGAGAGCACUACCACAAGUCUGCCGCCGACGCCUUCAACAAGAUCCGCUUCAGCAACCUUUUCCACCACCAACUGCAGCCCAACAGAAGCUCUGGUGAGGUGGACUCAGAAGUGGCCAACUACAUGCCCAUGUAUGGCUCCGCCACUAGAGGGCAGGAGGACAUCGCUCUCCUCGCCGUCAACUCCGGGGACGCAGACGGCUACGAAGACCCGAUGACCUACGAAGACGACCCGACGGACGACCUGCAGAUCUUGACCUUUGAUGACCUGCUCAGCUUUGCCUUCCAAGUGGCCAAAGGCAUGGAGUUCCUCUCCUCCAAGAAUUGCAUCCAUCGAGACCUGGCAGCUCGGAACGUGUUGGUGACAAAGGGCGGGCGGGUGAAAAUUGGUGACUUCGGACUGGCCAGAGACAUCGAAAACGACUCCAACUACGUCGUCAGAGGAAAUGUGCGCUUGCCCGUGAAGUGGAUGGCACCGGAGAGCACCUUUCAGGGGAUCUACACCAUUAAGAGUGACGUCUGGGCUUAUGGCAUUCUGCUCUGGGAAAUCUUCUCACUCGGUGUCACUCCGUACCCGGGCAUGAAGGUGGAUCACACGUUCUAUUCGAUGAUUGAGAAAGGAUUCAAGAUGGAGUGUCCAUACUACGCCAAUGACUCUGUGUACAGCAUGAUGUGCAAGUGUUGGUCUCUGGAUCCCAGCAACCGGCCCUCGUUCUCCAAACUGGUUACCUUGAUGUGCAAUUGGCUGACGGAGAGAGAAGAGAAGCUCUACCACAACACAUCCGACCAGACGACCAGCGACUACCAGAACGCCGCGACUAUUUUGGACAUCUCCGCCUUGGCAAAGCAGGACGACAACAGGACGCAGUCGGCCAAUGAUUACCGCGGCAUCCGUGCCACUGAGGAGAGCAAAGACGCGGCGUCUGACACGGAGCCCGCGGCAGCUGACGAGAAGCUUGUGAAGCCGCCCGAUACAGAGUGACCCCCAAAUGAUCAAAGCAAUUUAUCUAUACGUGUGUGUGUGUUUUAACGGUUUAUAUAAGGCUUUUGGCAAUAAUCUCAGGAUUGAGAGUAGAAUGCACUUGCUUCAUAUUUUUUAUUAUUAGAGUAUUGUAACAUAAGUUCAAUGAUAUUAGAAAUAUAUUUUCAUUGCGCAGCUAAAAAGGAACAAAAACAUCUCAGGAUUAUAGAGGUAAUGACAUGCAAGAUAAGGAGUUGUAAAAUGUUUAUGGAUUCGGCCAACAUGUAGCAAUUUAUAAGCUUUUGGGUUUUACCAUAUACACAUCAUACAUCAUAUAUGUUGUUAUGCAGUGCAAUAUUAUGGCAAUUAUUUUUUGUGGUCUCUCAUAUAAUACGAGCAGCUAUUACUUGCAGAUCAAAAACAUUUUUAAACAUUUUAUUUUUUUAAGCUUCAUUUUGAAUUAUUUUAUUUGUUUGUCAGUGUUAUACCUGCAAUUAAAUGUACUCAUUCAUAAAAUAAAUGGUGAUCUGUCAACAGUUCAACCACCAAAAACA